CUGAAGGCUGGUUCUGCAUUUACAGGCCAUGGCGGCAUUGCCUUAGGUAAUCAGGUUGUCCGAAGCAACCACCUAUGGUACUUCAACUUCAACAGGGUCGUACUCGCUCAUGAAUUUACAAGCAUUUCUGUCACGUGGCAACCACUUGUGUAAAUACGAAAACGAUAAGAUGUGCUGAUACUCGUCUGGGCUUUUGCUGAAAUACUGUCGCCGCUGCCGUCGCCGCUGCCGGUCUACAGAGGCAGUUUGUGAUGCACAAGCGGGAGAUGGCAAAGGAGAAGGACGUCCCGCAAUUGCUUGCAUCAAGUUCCAAGAAGAGACGGCUCGAAGUCAGCAUUGAGCAUGCCCCUGCAGCGGAGGGUUCUCUAGCUCCUUACGCUGCCUUUUUCCCAGCGGGCUUACCCGACAAUCCACACCACCCUGCCGAAAAUGGAAGUGCACCUGAUCAGAAAGAAGGAAUUACAUUUGAGGCCUUUCGGAGUACGGCCCCGUUCAGGGGAAAGCACCAGCUUCUUCUUGGAAGGGGAAGCGGGAUUGAUUAUGUCGGUGCAAACUUUCCAACGAAGCAAGGGAGCCGCUAUGUUGUGGGUCUGUUCAACAAGGUGGAGGGGACGCUGAAAGUAACGGCUGUAGGUGGCGACAAGGUCUUCAGGAUGGAGCCACGAGUGCCUGGUCUAGAGUACGAAAACGACGAAGCUGCGGCCUCCGUCCCAGAUGAAGAACUGGAGAAGGAUCAAGCUGCUGUUGCGGCGGAGCGCCGCGCAAAGCGGGAGAUGCUCGUGGAAACGUUUGGCAGCCGGAAGGCGCGCGUCCAACAGAACGCACGGCAACGAGAAAAGGUCGAAGAAGAUACAAUCGCAGCCCCCAAAGCUCUCACCUCCCUGCUCUCCUCUGCCGUCGCUGCUGUCCCCACCCGAGAAGAAGCAACCCGCUCUGUCACCUCACUGGAGAGUCGUCUCAUCCCCCCCUGCAAUCCUGAGGCCACCACACCCGCCGGUGUCUACCCCGUCAAACUCCUCAUACCCCCCGAAGUGCAAAAGGCGCUGGAUCUGGAGCCUUACCAGAAAGCCGCCCGGCAUCCCGAACGCCCGCUCAAGAUGUAUUUCGGGGGGGAUAUCUCGGAUCUGGUCAAGAAGCGGGUGCAUAAGCUAUCGGUCGAGGGGGAUCCCCGGGGGAGCGCCGACCGGAUCAAGUGCCUGGCGUAUCUGGCUUAUUUGGUGGAGUUUUACCGUUUGCCCCCCCAGAAAGUGAACCGUUUCUGCUCGGGUCGGCGGGGGGCCGACAGCGAAGAAAUCGUUGCGGGGCGGGGUGUCGAAGCGCUCGCACAAGAAGCCGGGAUGCCGGUCAUCGUUCUCGAGACGUUCAUGGAACGCUUUUUGACGAAGCUCCCGGGGCGGGGGGGAGGCACCGAGUACGCGCGCCCGCAAAAGUCUGCCGAUCUGACCAUCGCUUAUAUCCUGGUGGCGGCUUUGCAUGUGGACCAGUUUUGCAGCGAUCCCGAGGACGUAGCGGCGGCGCUGCAAAUGACGGUGGGGCAGUUGGUGCCGAGGUACAAAGAGCUGGGGUGCAAAGUGCGGAAACUUACGAAGGCGCAGAAAGAAGCAGGGGGGAGCGGGUCGGGGUACGAGGUUACGCUGCCAGUGCCAGUGGUCUUCCCAGCACUCAAGCGGGGGCGAUAAGGAGAGGGGGCGACCAAUAGGAGAUGCACGCAAAGGCACUCUGACGUGCUUAAUCAAGAUUGAUUGACAUGCAAAUUGCAGUUUUGAAAGAGUGCUGCUGCUACUUCAUGGAAAUGGUGGAGUUCAGUGUGCACAGGACUCGAUGGUCGUUUGCGUGCAUCACAUGCAGUCAAGAUGUGUCCGUGCGAGAGCUGCUUAAGUGCCCAG